AUGUCUACUGGAACGGUGUACACGUCGUCGGCUGCCGGUGCUAGUACCAGUGUCAGGUCCAACACGUUAAUCAUCUCUGGAUUUAACAAGCAGACUGUUGAGGACAUACAUGCUGUGAACGCGCUAAGAAGUUUGGUAGAAGAGACUUGCCUUGUCCAUUUAGUGGACUGGGUGCCCAUGAAAAGAUUCCGCAGAGUGAUUGCAGUGUUCCAUGAUGAAAACGAGUGCGAACGUGCAAAAGAAUGGAUCAAUAGUUACUGUUCUACAGAAUCUCUUCCUCCUUCGGUUCCAUCCUACAUCUCAAGUCUAAAGGCAUACACGACGGCACCAACUUUGACAGAGGAAGAUGAGAGAAGAAAAUUGCAACUGCCCGACAAGGGUCGCCUAUGGCUCAUCAGCCCUCCACCUUCUCCCCCAGUUGGAUGGGAAUCAACAUUUGAGUCUGAGCCCAAUCGUGAGACUCAUCAUCCAGAGCUUGGGCUGAUAGACUCAGCUCAUCUUCAUGAAGCGCUUAGUAAAGUCGCUCUAAACAAUAGUCCCGCUCAAAAUCCAAAUAUGAUGGAUGCUGAAUCCACGUCUCCUACAUCCCCUAGCAUGUCUCCCAGGCCAACCAUUACACGAAGAUUCACACUGCGCGAGUCGAAUGUCAAAUCAGCUUUUGGCGGACUACCACCUAUCGAUACUCAUAUGACAUCAACUGAUGUUACCAGUCCUAAAUCCACUUCUCCUAUGACUCCAUCGAUUGUCCUUGAGUGGGACGACGACGGCGAGGACGAACAAAAUUUGAACGCUCUGACAACUGACACGGGAGACCAGACUAAUCGUCUCCCUCGAACAGAAAUGCCCCCACCCACCAGCGGUGUUUCAAACUAUGCAUCUUAA